AUGGAUCUCAUUCAAUAUGCCACCGAAGCCGAUGGGCCAGGACUGGCCAAAAUCAACGUCCAAAGCUUUCUAGGCCGUCGUCUCCUGGAAGAAGUUUUCCCGGGGACCAGCCAGGCCAGAAUGCAGGAAUACAAGGGCAUUGUGGCAAUGAAACACUUGGCCACCCCCAAUACACAUGUCCUCAAGAUCCAUGACCCAGCCAGCGGAGAGCUAGUGGCCUAUAGUCGUUGGCACCUUCCAGACUCAUUCGGUCAGAGUCUGGUUCCAUUGAGUGACCAGGCGGCCCUGUUCGCCAAGGACCCCCUUCCGUAUGCACCGCAGCCAAUGAAUGAGGAGAUCUUUAGGGCCUUCAAAAAGCUUCUGGAAGACUCUCGCAAGCGAUAUACCACAGAGAACGAUAUGAUCCUCGAUUUAUUAGCAACCCUGCCCGGAUACCAAGGGCGAGGCUUCGGCUCUGCUGUUCUGAAAUGGGGGACGGAAAAGGCCGACGCCUCUCAAUCGCGCAUUUUCCUUGAGGCAACGCCCGAGGGUAUUCCCCUAUACCUCAAACAUGGAUGGAAGAUAUUGGAGGAGGUAACUAUUGACUAUGCAGCAUUUGGAAGUACAGGAAGCGAGUCUUUCUCCUUGAUGAUGAGGGACCCAUUGCCACAAUAG